AUGGGUCUGACCAUCUCGUCGCUCUUUUCCAAGUUUUUCGGCAAGAAGCAAAUGCGAAUCCUGAUGGUGGGUCUGGACGCAGCCGGGAAAACCACCAUUUUGUACAAACUCAAGCUGGGAGAGAUCGUCACCACCAUUCCGACCAUCGGGUUCAACGUGGAGACGGUGGAGUACAAAAACAUUUGCUUCACCGUUUGGGAUGUGGGCGGCCAGGACAAGAUAAGACCUCUAUGGAGGCACUACUUCCAGAACACGCAGGGUUUAAUCUUCGUGGUGGACAGCAACGACCGAGACAGAGUGGCCGAGUCGGCGGAAGAGCUAUCCAAGAUGAUCCAAGAGGACGACCUGAAGGAGGCGGCGCUGCUGGUCUUCGCCAACAAGCAGGACCUCCCCAACGCCAUGGCCGCUAGCGAACUCGCUGACAAACUGGGCCUGAACAACCUGCGCGGCCGCACCUGGCACAUGCAGGCCACCUGCGCCACUCAGGGGACCGGCCUGUACGAGGGCCUCGACUGGCUGUCCAACGAGCUGGCCAAGCACUAG